GCUGGCGUGGAGAAUCAAACUCCGGCAGCAGAGCCGACAGAGACUCCAACAAGUAUCAGUAGAGACCCCUGUUCCAGAAUCAGAAACUGCAGCAUCUCCAGUGGCUGUCGAGGAAAGUUCAGUAGUUGCAGAGCCGGUGGCAGCUCCAAUGGCUGUCGAGCAGACUCCUGCUCCAGAAUUAGAGCCUGCAGCAUCUCCAGUGGCUGUCGAAGAGAGUUCAGCGCCAACUGCAGCGGCUGUUCAGGAGAUUCCUGCUGCGACAGCUGAGCCUGUGGCAAAUCAAGGAGCUCCUGUAGAGAUUCCAACUCCGGCAGCAGAACCUGCAGCAGCUACUGUUGUGGAGACUUCUGCUCCAUUAGAAACUCCAGUAGCAGAAGCAGAGACUCCUGCAGCAGAGCCAGCGGUGACUUCAGAAGCUGGCGUGGAGACUUCGGCGGCUCCAUCGAGCAUUUCCGUGCCAGAAGCAACCGCAGAUGGAGUAUCAACAACUGUUUCCGAUUCAGAUGUGGAUCCGUCGGCAGUUGUGCCCGUGGCAAAGAUACAUCCGACGCGCAGGGAUCUGAAUACCACAGAUCUAUCGCUGCUGGCCGUUGCGGCUACCCUGGACGCCAUAGCCGACAAGCUGAAGGAUCAGAGAGCUCGCAACCAGGAGGUGCUGGAUCGCAUCUGCGAAAUAGAGAAGAUUUUGGGCGUGGCCCAGAAGUAACUCUGCCAUAUAUCUAACAAUUGUUGAAUUUCUCAAAACUCAUAAAUAAAGUAUAUUCGCGGACUGCCUUA